AUGGCCGACGAAGCGCAAGCGACUCGGCGAGCCUUCACCAUUCAGGGGCCGCAGGUUGCCUUAGCUAUGCUGCGAGGUUCCAAACGCAUAACAUGGCCGGAUGCGCCAGAGGAAGCUUCUUUGUCCAAAAGUUGCGUGGUUGGGAUGGUGAGAGAUGCAAGGGAAGCUGAAGGAAGCAACCGCCUCUGGGAUUCCUUGUGGCCAACUGCAGAAGAUGAGGGACCCGCUGCCAAGCGCCAGAAGCUCACACAGCCGCCUUGGAAAAGCAAGAAGCGGAAGCGCCGUUCUGACGCCGGGAACACCGGCAGUCCGGCUCAAGUUUCCUUCACAGCAUCCAAGCGUCGCCGGCUGCUUCUUCGCAGCCCUUUGCAAAAGCCGAAGUUGGCUAAAGCACCAGCAUCAGAAGCCUUGCAGGACGUUGGAGCUGCUGACAACACUGAUGGCAAAGUCACACAGUUGCAGCCCAGAGGAGGUCUCUUUGCUUUCCGGGACGAUCAGCCAGUGUUCAUUCUGAGUGUACGGACAAGCAGAAAAAUUCCUUUGGCUGAUGUGGUUCCAUUGAAGCAGGCAACUUUUCAAGGACGAACCGUCCUCAAAGCCAAAUACACAGAGACCCGCACAUGCAGAUGGAGUGAGCUCAAAGAUGUCGGCUUACAUUUCCAGAUUGCCAACUGUGCGAAUGAUCGCCGUGGAGCGAGCUUGCCGUUCCAGAAGCAACCGGGGGAAACACAAGGAGAUCAAGGCAGAGCUUUGCGCGAGAAUGCAGCUUUGGCAGCUCGCUGGCAGGCUGGCAAUGCAGAGCUAGGUUUGGCCACUUCAUGCACAGUUGAUCACUCGGUGCGAUCCGUUGUGCCAGUGCGUUUGCGGGCGCACCUGGCCGAACGAGCUGCUUCAGGUAUUACCCAUCACGCGGCCCCACGCGCAGAUGAGAGCCGUUCCUUUUGGAUUCCGCGACUGAAUUAG